UGCCUCCCGCCCAGAGGAAAUAUAUCGGGGCCUUUGCCAUAUUAGGUGCACUGAGUUCUGCCAGUCCUCAGAGGCAACUGCACAGCAGCCCCUUACUUACAGGGGUACCUGGGCCAGUCAGUGUGUUGGGGUCCACUAGGCAUAGCUACCAGCACACCAGGCGACGGACCAUUGUUGUCCCCUCGAGCCCUUUAGGGCGGGCAACAGUUUUGGCGUCCCUGGGUGGGCUCGAGGCUGAAAUUUAGCCUUGCCCGGAUCCCUCCUGGUGGCUGACGGAUUACGACGACGACCGACGCCCAGAGCUCACCGGUGACUUCAUCGGGGGCCUCGGCAGAGAUGUGGUUUGCUCGACCCCGGAGGGCACAACGGUGCAACGCACACAGACAGUGGAGAAGCAGCUGCGGGCGACGGUGGGGAACCGGUCCCGUUGAUAGGGCGACGGUGACGGUGCAGAACCGGACCCUUGGAUAAGGUAGGAACAGUCCAGUGGGGACUUAUCUGUUGUGACCUGGGGACGCCCAGUGUCUGCCUGUUGUGACCUGGGGACGCCCAGAGUCUCCCUUGGUAUGGGGCAGGGACAGAGUACAGCCGGCAGGGUACAGUGUACACCUUUAGAAUGCAUUCUGGUGAACUGGAAAGUGUUUGGAUCUGAUCAGUUGAUUAAAAGUAAAUUGAAAAGGUUCUGUACAGUUGAUUGGCCUGAGUACCAGCUAGAGUGCCAAGAAAGGUGGCCACUGGAAGGAUCACUUAAUUACAACAUGAUCCUUCAAUUGCUUUUGUUCUGUCAGAGAACAGGUAAAUGGAAUGAACAUCUCUAUGCGUAUACGUUUAUGGUGUUAAGAAAUAGGACUGAUAUUUUGCUCAAGUGCCAUUUGACUCCGACAGGCUCGGUAGUAACGGCUGCUAAACCCCAGAACCCUCCCACUGUUGUAAUGCCAGAAUCGGUGUCCCCUUCGGCUCCUCCACCCCCACAGGCUUCAGAGAGUACCCCCACCCCGUGGGAUUGUAUCCGUUGAUUACUGAGAGUGUGGUAGCCCGUCCAGGAACACAAGAACGGCCAGCACAGAUAGUAUCUGUCUACUCGCAUGUACCUUUUAACCCUGUACAUCUAGCUGCUUUUAAGGCAGAGGCAGGAGAAUUCUCAACGAAUCCAAGCAAGUUCAUUUCUAUCUUUGAAGGAUGUCUAGCUAGCCAUAAGCCUGACUGGGAUGAUUGUAAUAUACUUAUGAGAACCCUGUUGUCUGAAGUAGAGCGGAAUCAGGUUAUAGCCAAGGCUAAGGAUGAAGACAGAGAAGGCAUUUAAGGUUUAAAAGGGAAAGCUAUUGGAUACCAGAGGUUGUACAGAGUGGAAUCCUCAGAAGUGAGUGUGCUCGUCCUGGUUUGUUGCUUCAAAGCUCUGUACAGAAGUUAUGUUACUCAAAGGAUGUAUAAUGGCAAUGAGUAUGUGUUAAUGGUUGGAGAAAAGGUGUAUAAGUGAAGAGUGGAAGGUUCCUUUGGAAGUUAGAAGAAGCCGAGAAAGGGAGAAGGAAAGGGAACAGAAUGAGUUAACUGAGAGGAAAAUACAGCUAGCAAGCUCAGUCAUGCUGGCUCAUCCAAGGACUUUGUUCACAGCCAAGACUUGGCUGACAACCAAGAGAAAGGGGGGCCUGAAUGUGACCAAGCAACUAUGAGAUCUGCAAAAUACUGCAAAGCAUAAUGAGGACAAACGAAGGGUUAAAAAGCAGCUUUGCUGGACAGUAUUGGCCCAGGGAUUUAAAAUUCCCCCACUCUGUUUGGACAGGCUUUGGCCAGAGACUUGGAGGAGUAGGAUAAUUCAGACAGAGCCCUCCUGCUGCAAUAUGUAGAUGACUUGUUGAUUGCUGCUGUGGGUCUAAUCCCUUGUCUCAGAGCUACUGUGAGUCUCCUAAACUUUAUUGGACUGCGAGGAUACAGGGUAUCUCAAAGCAAAGCCCAAAUUGCUCUUUCAGAGGUUCAAUAUCUGGGAUUUCACAUCAGGCAGGGAGAGAGACAGCUCUCAAACGAAAGGAAGGAGGCUAUCUGCCAAGUUCCCAUCCCCAGCAACCGUAAACGGCUUAGGGCAUUCCUGGGCAUGGCAGGUUUUUGCAGAAUAUGGAUUCCAGAGUUUGGACUGUGGGCUAAACCUCUGUAUGAAUGUGUUAAGGGAGCAGAUCAUGACCCCUUUCACUGGUCCCCAGAAGCGGACAGGGCAUUUAAAAUCUUGAAAAGGAAGCUAAUGGAAGCUCCAGCCCUGGGUUUGCCCGAUAUAUCUAAGCCGUUCCAACUGUAUGUGCAUGAACGAAAAGGGGUAGCUUUGGGAAUGCUUACCCAGCUAUUAGGUGCCUGGAAACGUCCUGUGGCAUACUUCUCUAAACAACUGGAUCAAGUUUCAAAGGGAUGGCCAGCCUGUUUGAGGGCGGUCGCAGCUACUGCUCUAGUGCUUGGGGAAGCUGAAAAGCUGACACUGGGAGGAACUGUGCAAGUGUAUGUUCCCCAUAUGGUCCGAGCCUUGCUGGACACUAAGGGUGGUCUUUGGCUCACACAGGCUCGGGUUGCUCAGUACCAGGCGAAGCUGUUAGAGAAUUCUGAAGUCACCCUGCAGAUCUGUCCCUCCCUUAAUCCAGCUACCCUGCUACCAGAGACAGAAAAGCAGGAACAUGACUGUUUAGAAAUCAUAGAUGUUCAGUAUUCUAGCCGCCCAGAUCUAAAAGAUCAGCCACUCCCAAAUGCUGACUUGGAAUGGUAUACAGAUGGAAGUAGUACUGUUGUGGAUGGGCAAAGGAGGGCUGGUUAUGCUAUUGUGUCUCUUCAUGAUACCGUGGAAGCUGAGAGUUUACCGGCAGGAACACCUGCCCAGCGUGCUGAACUAGUGGCCCUGACUCGUGCACUCGAGCUGGCAAAAGACAAACGGGUUAAUAUCUUUACUGACUCAAAGUAUGCUUUUGGGGUAUUGCAUGCUCACGCUGGUUUGUGGAAGCAAAGGGGAAUGCUAACAGCCCAAGGCUCCCCGGUCAAGCAUGGGUCUCAAAUUCUCCGGCUUUUAGAAGCGGUACAACUCCCCUCAGCAGUAGCAGUGGUGCAUUGCAAAGCCCAUCAAAGGGAAGAUCAAGAUGUAUCCAAGGGCAAUGCCAGAGCAGACAGGGAAGCUAAGCGAGCUGCUACCCUGAAAUCACCAACUGAGGAGAACGCCCAAAUGCAUGCCCUCAUCCCAUCAGUGGGUGAGCUUGCAGCCCCUCAGUACUCCCAAGAGGACAGAAACCUGGCUGACAGUCUUGGUCUCCAGGAAAAGGAGGGAUGGCUUUAUUCCACAGAGGGAAAAAUCCUCCUGCCCAAGGGCCUGAUUCGACCAGUGUUGCAGAAACUGCAUCAGACCACACACGCAGGCAGAGAGGCUCUUACCCAGCUUAUGAAUAAAUAUUUUCUAACCUCUGGACUUAAACCCUUAGCAUUACAGGUACAAGCUGAAUGUUUAAUCUGCCAAAAGAACAACCCUCGACCAGGAGUAGCAGUGCCACCAGCCACCCUGGAACCUACCCCAGGCCCAGGAUUGGUGUGGCAAAUAGACUUUACUGAGUUUCCCAGAACCCAAGGGUACAGGUACCUUCUCGUCUUAGUGGAUCAAUUCAGUGGAUGGCCUGAGGCCUUCCCAUGUCACAACAACACUGCCAAGACAGUGGCUCUUAAGUUUGUCAAGGAGAUCAUUCCUCGCUUCGGCCUUCCUCAGUGGAUGGAAUAUGAUAAUGGAACACACUUCACAUCUCAAGUGGUUCAAAAGAUAUCAAGUGCUCUGCAAAUCCCCUGGAAGCUCCACACACCCUGGCGACCACAAGCCAGUGGAGUAGUGGAACGCACAAAUCAGACACUCAAGCAACACCUCUCAAAGGUCUGUCAGGAGGCCUCUCUUAAGUGGCCUGAUGCCUUGCCCCUUGUGUUACUUCGCAUUCGUGCUCUCCCUAAGGGUAGGAUAGGGCUUAGUCCCUUCGAGAUUAUGUUUGGAAGAGCAUGGCCUAUGAAUGGUACCCCAGUUCUGGCAGGGGAAUGGGAAGUGGGGUGUGGUUUCUUGUCUCAGUACAAGUGCUCUCUGUCUGCUGUUCUUUCUUCUCUUCAUAGGUAUACCAAAGAUUCACAGCCUCUUCUGCUGGAUACUCCGGUCCACUCCCUGCAGCCUGGUGACUCCGUUCUCGUGCGAACCUGGAAGGACGAGCCUCUUCAAGAGAAGUGGAAGGGACCCCACACUGUCCUGCUUGUCACCCAUACAGCGGCAAAGGUCGAAGGACACAAGAACUGGAUUCAUCACUCUCGACUGAAAGCAGUGCCCACUCCUAAACAGUGGACUGUCCAGCCUGCGGAGAAGACUGCUAAUGACGAUUUGGGACUUAAGCUGUUAUUCAAAAGACAGGUUUCAGAGUAACAGCCGUGUUAGUCUGUAUCCACAAAAAGAAGAACAGGAGUACUUGUGGCACCUUAGAGACUAACAAAUUUAUUAGAGCAUAAGCUUUCGUGGA